AUGUCGCGGAACCGAAAACCGCUGACGCUUGAAGAAAAGCUUCGCAUGAUCGAGGAGGCGGAGAAGCGGAGCGGAGCAACAAAGGCGAGCAUUGCCCGCGACCUGAACAUUUCUGAGUCCUCGCUGAAAACGAUCCUCCCAAAGAAGGACAGCAUCCUACUAAAUGCGGCAAAGUUCGGCCUGAACAAGAACGCCACGAAAGGUGGCAAAUAUGCUGCCAUGGAGGCGGCCUUCGUUGAGUGGUUGCGUCAGGCCCGCAGUUCAGAAAUUGCCCUGGAUGGCGCAAUGUUGAAGGAGAAGGCGGAGACAGUUGCAUUGCGCUGCGGCAUUGAUGACUUUAAAGCCUCCAAUGGCUGGUUGGAUCGCUUUAAAAAACGCAGUGGAGUUGUGUACAGCCGCUGCUGUGGAGAGAGCUCGUCAGUCAGCUCCGACACUGUCGAAAAGUGGACUGCAUUGCUGCCGGAAUCGAUACGGCAAUACAAGCCGUUCAACGUGUUCAACGCGGACGAAACUGGAUUAUUUUAUAAUAUGCAGCCAGAGCAGACAUUAACAUUCAAAGAAGAGAGCUGUCACGGGGGUAAGCGAAGCAAAGAGCGUCUUACUGUAUUACUUUGCACUAAUGAAGACUGCUCAGAAAAUCUUCCUGCCCUCGUGAUCGGCAAGUUUGCGAAGCCGCGAUGCUUCAAGCAACCGGAAAGCCUGGAUGAUGGCUGCUAUGUUUUCAACAUAUCUGCAGCAGCUGGACUCAAAAAUGGGGGCUAA